AUGGCUGCUAUGUCCAUAUCUCAAACCAGCCAGUUCUUGGCCAUCGACCGCCCAGACUCACGGGUGAGCCUUGCUCUGUCCGACACGACGUACCAUAGCUUCCAGGACAUUGAGCUGUACGAGCCCGAGGCCCCGUCAGAGCCCAGCCCGAUGCCGGUCGUCUGUCCAUCACCGCUACCCUCAUCGCAAACGGAGGAGGAGAUGUCGCCCCCAGAAAUGCGUCGCCAGGACUCUGGAUACGAGUCGAUUACUCGGCGAGACUCUCAGUCCUCACGCCGGAAAACUACCUGUACUUCUCCGCCGCCGUCGACGCGCCAACGCCGUACGAAGGUCCCGGCUCAGCGGGUUGCAAGAGCACCCCGGCCGCGGAACGGUCGUCAUUCGGUUUCAAUGCACGGCUCUUCUCGGUCCCUCUCGCAACAGCCGCAACAGCCGGUGACUUACUUUCACUUUCCUCACUUCACUUCGUCAGAUCCAGCCCUGGUCGAGUCUGAAAGGGGCAUUGAUUUGCACCCUACUCGCGAUUUCGCCAGCAAAGCGAACCAUGCAUUGGCGGUUGAGGCGCAUGCAUACCCCCUGCCGCCGCAGACGACGCACUACUGGACCAGCGAUCGUACGCGGAGGCUCGAGUAUGCGGCUAUUGAUGCGGCCAGCAAGGGGGUGCGCGGCUGGGUCAUGCGCCACGUGGUGCCGGAGUGCUUUGUGCCUCAAAGCAAGCGGCGGAUAGGCUUUGAGGACGAUCGGGGCAGCGUGGUGCGGUACCGCCUCGAACUCGAUUCCGAGACAAGCACCGAAAGAGCCGAAUCGGUGAGAACCCGGGGAUGGAAGGGCUGGUGGUUCAGCAUGCGCCGCCGUUGA